CUUUCACACAAUCUCUCCAAACCCGAUUCAAAUUUUCAUCAUGGCACCCGUCCCCACCUCAAUCCUCCGGGCUCUUUCCAACACGGACCCCGCCAAAACCAGCCUGUCCACCUCCGGCCUAGGCUCCGGCUUCACCAGCACCGGCGCCAUCCGCGCCACGGUGCCUGGCCCAGACGGCCGCGACGAAGAGCGCCGCUACUUCGUCAAGACCUCCGCCGAUGGCACCUCCGCGGCAGAGAUGUUCCGCGGGGAGUACGAGUCCCUGAAUGCUAUCGCCUCGAGCGUGCCGGGCUUCUGCCCACGGGCAUUAGCGUGGGGGAGCCUGGACGACGACGACGACGACGCUGCCGACAACGACUCAUCCACCUCACCCCCCAAGAAAAAGAGCUACUACCUCCUAACCGAGUACCUCGAACUCGGCGGCAGCGGUCGUCGCACGAGUGAUUCUUCCUUUACCCUCGCACACCGACUCGCCCGGCUUCACUCCACGCCCGCCCCACCGGACCCGGAGACCCGGCGACGACGGUUUGGAUUCCCCGUGCCGACGUUCUGCGGGGACACGAAGCAGCCGAACCGGUUCUGCGAUGACUGGGCGGAGUUCUACGCGGAUGAGCGGCUGCGCACGAUUCUUGAGAGCUCGGAGCGGCGGAAUGGGCGGGACGGCGGGUUACGGGAGUUGGUUGAGCGGACGGCGGGGACGGUCGUGCCCCGGCUGUUGGGGAGGGGGCAUUUGGGGGGUGGGGAGGGGAUUGUGCCUGUGGUGGUGCAUGGGGAUCUGUGGAAUGGGAAUGCGGGGAGGGGGAGGAUUGCGGGUGGACUUGAAAGCGACAAGGCCGGGGAUGUGGUCUAUGAUCCCUCGGCGUGCUAUGCGCACAGCGAGUUUGAGCUGGGGAUUAUGCGGAUGUUCGGUGGGUUUGGAGCCAAGUUCUUUGAGGAAUAUCACAGGUUGGUGCCGAAGACGGAGCCGGUGGAGGAGUAUGAGGAUCGGGUGAGGUUGUAUGAGUUGUAUCAUCAUCUGAAUCAUCAUGCGAUCUUUGGGGCGGGGUAUCGGUCGGGGGCUGUGUCGAUUAUGGAGAAGUUGUUGAAGAAAUAUGGUUGAAUGAGGUGAUUGAGGCAAUUGAGUUAGGAGGGAGAUUGAGUGAUGGCUGUAGUUGACAAU